AUUUCAUCAUCUAAAUAAAUGCUCUUGGCAAAAUGGAUCGUCCUAGCUGAAACCAGAGCACAAGCCGUCAUGGACCGGAGGCAACGGAGAAACCCUUCUGCUUCUUCUUUUGCCUUUUCAUCUCCAGCUUCAUCCUCAUCGAGCUUCCGCUCAGAGAAAUUCUCCUCGAAUCCCCCAAAAACUAGUAACUCCCUGGAGGAUGCUCACCAAUUGAAAAGCAAAUGUGGGAAGCCACAAAGACCAGAGCAAGAGGAGGAAGGAGAGCAAGAUCCGAACAAUCUUCUCUCCUUAGUUGGAACUUGCCCAUUCAUGUGCCCUGCUGGAGAAAGGGCCCAACGUGAACGCCUUCGGGACUUGGCUGUGUUUGAGAGGUUACAUGGAAAUCCUGGGAAAACAUCUCCAAGCCUUGCUGUCAAAAAGUUUUGCAGAACCAUUGCCACUAAGCACAUGCAGGCGUCAGAUGUGCGGCCACUUCCAGUGUUGGAAGAGACUUUGAACUACCUAUUAAACCUGUUGGAUGCCACGGAACAUCCUUUUGAAGUGGUUCAUGAUUUCGGAUUUGAUAGGACAAGAUCAAUAAGACAAGAUCUUAGCAUGCAGAAUAUCGUUAAUGAUCAAACAAUUCAUAUGUUUGAAGAAAUGGUGAAAUUUCAUAUUAUAUCCCACCACAAGCUUCGCAGUUGUAGCAGCAAGCCAAGUUUUUCUUCAGUUCAUUACCUCAAUAUGGAGCAGCUGAAAAAGUGUCUGAUAUCUCUAUAUGCUCUGUACAAAGAAAAUCGAAAUUCAAAUUCUAUUUACAAGAAUGAACCUGAGUUCUACUCAUUUCACGUUCUUCUUCAUCUUGGCUCUAACAGCCAACCAUUGGUGGAUACUUGCUUCCAUUGUUUGUUUGAGUUCAUCUUUUUCAGUAUCUCUUGCUGCCUUGUAUUGGUUUCUGAAUAUGUUACUAUUUCUGUUUUGAAGGGAGAGUCACUCUCUUUAUGGUUGGGUCGUGUACCUUCUCUCAUUUUGAAGUCAAAGGAAAUGUGUUUUGCUCGGAGACUUUUAAGAUUAUUUCGGAUGGGCAAUUAUAAGCGUUUCCUUUGUACUACAGCAACUGAGGCAUCUUAUUUACAGUACUACAUAAUUGAACCUUACAUCAAUGAGGUUCGAGCAUUGGCAUUGUCAUGUGUAAAUUAUUGUGGCUACAAACUUCAUCUGUAUCCAAUUGCACACUUGUCCAAACUCUUGAUGAUGAAGGAAUUAGAUGUGGAAUCAUUUUGCACUGCUUGUGGUCUUGAGACCAGCACUAAUGAACGGGGAAAUAAGUUCUUAUCAACCAAGCAAACAAACUUCCACUAUCCCAAGGAAGUCUUUCCAAGCUACUGCCUUUUGGGUUUGGAACACUUUUAGAGGUAACAAUCAAUUGGAACUAGUUACUCUUUCAAACUUCUUAUUAUACAAAUAUAACUUGCAUGUGCAACCAUUUCUGAUCCCAUAAUUUCAAGAAUUUAUGACACCUUCUAGUGGUUAGUUUUUUUGGGAAUAGAGUAAAGCAAUCUAUUCACUCCCAGAAACUAUCGUCAAAGGAACAGUAGAUAACCCCGCAAGACCAAAUUUAUGUCUGUGCAUGGAGAUGCAUGUUUUCUGCAUCCCAAUCAUGCAGUAUUGUGCCAAAUGGAAUAAUAGCAACUGAUGAUAAGUGGUAUUUCUAAAAUCUUCUAAGAGUAUUCCAUCUAUUGUAAUAUUGUUUUCUCAAAAUUGUCUUUGAGUCUUAUGUGUAAAUAUUAGAGUUGACCUCUUGUAAGCUAUCAACUGAUGUUGUAACUUAACUUGAAAGGGAAAUUCUAUAAAUUUAGCCUUGGUUUGGCUCUUGGAAAGCAAAGAAAAAUUAGGUUAAUAGUGAGUUGAUUUCUUCCCUUCCCACGGAUGUAAGCACAUUCUUGAAUCAUGUUAAUUAUUUUUUGGUUUA